GAACUGAAAUUCCAAGAGCGAUCUAGCGACAAGCCUGCCAACUGCCGCCUGCGGCGAAUUUGCUCUUCACAGCCUUUCAGGUUUGCUUGAACGACACAAGCACAUAGCGUUUGUUCUUGGUUUCCCUUCACAUUUGCUAGAGCGAGCAACAGAAUAUGGGAGGGAAGGGGAGGAGGAGAAGAGAAAAAAACUAUCAAGCAGCUCAUGGCGGGCCUACUAGACUCCCGCCCCCUCCUGAUGCUUCCAAAGUCGACGCUUUGCCAUCUAAGCUCCGUAGAAUCAUGUCUUUCACUUCACCUUCUCCUCUAGGGUCUGGUAAGAUUUCAAAAGGCACUGAGGCAAUGAAUGGAAAACGAGGUAGUGAUGCCGUUAAGAAAAUUCUUCGAGAGAAUCAAAUCAGUUCAGAGACUAUGGUGAGCAAAGAUGGAGGUAAUGAUGAACAGGUAAUGUCUCCUAAGCAUGAGAAUAUUGGUGAAAUUGUGCAAAAUAAUGGGGAUGAAAAAGGAAAUAAAAAGAGAAAAAGGAAGCCAGUAAAGGAUCUUCGGUUUGAAAAGGACUUGGAACUAUCAGACCAUUCUAAAAGGCGAGAGCGGAAGAAGAAGUAUUGGGAAUUAAAGAAAAAGAAACAAAAGAAAGGGAAAACAGAAGAGGAUGUGGACUUUCCUGGACAUGAGAAGAUCAAAUUUGGAGAGGUGGUAGAAGCUCCACCAAAAUUGGUUGUAGUUCCGAAGGCACCAAAGAAUGUCCAUGAUGCUUCGAAAGAAAGGAUUCGUUUACAGGCUAUUGAGGCUUACAGGGAUCGGAAGGGAUGGACCUCAAGACCAGGGCUCAACUUUCCUCCCCCUGCUCGAACAUGGAGGCCUCCAUCAAUAUGAAGAUUAAUCAUGGUCCUGUACGUGACAGUUUUAUUCUCAUUGCUCAAUCUGAACCGAAAACAACCUAACAGCACAGCUGAGAAGAUCUUCAUCUGCCGGUAAGCGAAC